AUGGGAACCACCAGCGAGGAGCCGGUGCCUGUGGAACAGCCGUCCUCCUCCUUAAACCCUCUGUGUUUCGAGUGUGGCCAGCAGCACUGGACGAGAGAAAACCACCUGUACAAUUACCAGGACGAGGUGGACGACGACCUGGUCUGCCACAUUUGCCUUCAGCCUCUGUUGCAGCCCCUGGACACCCCCUGCGGACACACGUUCUGCUACAAGUGCCUGAGAAACUUCCUGCUGGAGAAGGACUUCUGUCCUCUGGACCGCAAGAGACUUCACUUCAAGUUGUGUAAGAAGUCCAGCAUUCUCGUCCACAAGCUUCUGGACAAGCUGUUAGUUCUGUGCCCAUUUGCUUCAGUGUGCCAGGAUGUCAUGCAGCGCUGUGACCUGGAGGCACAUCUCAGAAACAGGUGUCCUGGAGCUUCCCAUCGGAGAGCUGCCCUAGAGAAAAGGAAAACUAGUAAAACUCAGACGGAGCUCGAGAAUGAAAAUGGCCCCACCAUACUAGACCCCCCGGGUACGGUGUCACCAGAAGCCGACUGCCUGGGGACGGGGCCGGUGCUGGUGGAGCGGAACCUGACCCCUGCUUCUCUCCCUGCCUGGGCUGAGGAGCCUGGCCUCGACAACCCCGCCUUUGAGGAGAGCGCUGGAACUGACACCUCACAACAACCUCUCAGUUUACCAGAAGGAGAAAUUACUACAAUUGAAAUCCACCGAUCUAAUCCUUAUAUUCAGUUAGGAAUUAGCAUCGUGGGCGGCAAUGAAACACCCCUGAUUAACAUUGUUAUCCAGGAAGUCUACAGGGAUGGGAUAAUUGCCAGAGAUGGACGCCUCCUUGCUGGAGACCAGAUUCUUCAGGUCAACAGCUAUGACAUCAGCAACGUGUCGCAUAACUACGCCAGAGCCGUGCUGUCGCAGCCCUGCAGCACGCUGCACCUCACCGUGCUCCGGGAGAGGCGCUUUGGCAGCCGCGCCGGCGGCCACUCGGAGGGUAACGCCCCACGAGAGGAGGUCUUCCACGUGGUCCUUCACAAGCGAGACUCCGGUGAGCAGCUCGGCAUUAAACUGGUGCGCAGGACAGACGAGCCGGGCGUGUUCAUCCUUGACCUGCUGGAGGGGGGCUUGGCCGCGCAGGAUGGGCGCCUCGGCAGCAAUGACAGGGUGCUCGCCAUCAACGGGCACGACCUGAAGCACGGGACGCCUGAGCUUGCCGCCCAGAUUAUUCAGGCGAGUGGAGAGAGGGUGAAUCUAACCAUCGCGAGGCCAGGGAAGCCAGCGCCGGGGAGCGCUAACCGAGAGGCGGGAGCUCCCGGCAGCACCCAGCACCACCCCCAGCAGCUGUGUCCCGUCAGGCCCAGCUCACAUAAGGAUCUUACCCAGUGUGUUAUAUGCCAAGAAAAACAUAUUACUGUGAAGAAGGAGCCACAUGAGUCCCUUGGAAUGACAGUAGCUGGAGGCAGAGGAAGUAAGAGUGGUGAACUGCCCAUCUUUGUAACCAGUGUGCCACCCCAUGGCUGUCUUGCACGAGAUGGCAGAAUUAAGCGAGGUGAUGUGUUGCUGAAUAUCAAUGGCAUUGACCUGACCAACCUAAGUCACAGCGAGGCUGUUGCGAUGCUGAAAGCCAGCGCCGCGUCCCCGGCCGUCAUCCUCAAAGCCUUGGAGGUGCAGGUGGUGGAGGAGCCCGCCCAGACCGCUGGAGAACCGCCAAGCACGCUCAGUGAGAACGAGUAUGACGCCAGCUGGUCCCCAUCCUGGGUCAUGUGGCUCGGGCUCCCCAGUGCCCUGCACAGCUGUCAUGACAUAGUUUUACGAAGAAGCCAUUUGGGAAGCUGGGGCUUCAGUAUUGUUGGUGGCUAUGAAGAGAACCACACCAAUCAGCCUUUCUUCAUUAAAACAAUCGUCCUGGGAACACCUGCGUAUUAUGAUGGAAGAUUGAAAUGUGGAGACAUGAUUGUCGCCGUAAACGGCCUGUCAACGGUGGGCAUGAGCCACUCUGCACUGGUCCCCAUGCUGAAGGAGCAGAGGAACAAAGUAACUCUGACCGUUAUUUGCUGGCCUGGAAGCCUCGUAUAG